CACCGCCCCGGCCUCGCUUCCCCCCUCUCUAAUUAUGGCUUUUCCUAUCCUUCUCCUCCUCCCCCUCUUCCUCUCCAUCCCUAUCUCUGAAUCAAAGCUCGCCGUCGACUACUACAAGACCUCAUGCCCAAGCUUCGAGCAGAUAAUGAGGGAAACCAUCACAACCAAACAAAUAAACUCCCCCACCACUGCGGCAGCCACUCUCCGCACCUUCUUUCAUGACUGCAUGGUCGAGGGCUGUGAUGCUUCGGUUUUGAUUUCCUCCAAUUCUUUCAACAAGGCUGAGCGUGAUGCAGACAUCAAUCUCUCCCUCCCCGGAGAUGCAUUCGACGUGGUGCUCCGUGCCAAGACCUCUCUAGAACUCUCCUGCCCCGGGAUUGUCUCUUGUGCUGACAUUCUUGCACGAGCCACGCGUGAUCUCAUCACAAUGGUCGGUGGUCCAUACUACCCCGUUCGCUUGGGGCGUAAGGACGGGCUCGUGUCCCAAGCUUCGCGUGUUGAAGGUAAUCUCCCUAGAGUUAACAUGACAUUGACAAAGAUCAUCUCUUUAUUCAAAUCCAAGGGAUUCUCAGUACAAGAAAUGGUCGCGUUAACGGGCGGACACACAAUCGGAUUCUCUCACUGCAACGAAUUCGCGAACAGGCUAUUCCGUUAUAGCAAAACUACACCAACUGACCCCAACAUGCACCCCAAAUACGCAGAGGCAUUGAAGAAAACUUGCGCAAAUUAUACCACGGAUACAGCAAUGUCGGCAUUCAACGAUGCCAUGACACCAGGCAAGUUUGAUAAUAUGUACUACAAGAACUUGCAGAGGGGGUUAGGGCUUUUGUCUUCGGAUAGUGCUCUCCUUAUGGACCCCAGGACUAAGCCGUUUGUAGAGCUUUAUGCGAGGGAUCAGGCAGCGUUUUUCGCUGAUUUUGCUCGUGCCAUGGAGAAGGUUAGUAUUAUUGGAGUCAAGACUGGGAAGAAAGGAGAGGUGAGGCGUAAGUGUGAUGCGUUUAACUCUAUCAAGACCUAAG